AGGCAAAGAAAAUAACCAAAAAUGACAAGUAAAAGACUUGAGGAGUCCAUGGGGGCCGUUCAGAUGGGGUUGGUCAAAAUGCUGCAAGGAUUCCAAAGCAAAGUUUUGCCACCCAUGAGUCCAAAGGUGGUUACAGAAGAAGAAGUAAACCGAAUGCUGACACCCUCUGAGUUCCUAAAGGAGAUGUCCCUCACCACGGAGCAGAGGUUGGCGGAUACACACAUCAUGUGCCGGCCACGGGUCAUCGAGCUCUUAGAUAUGGGAGAGACGACCCAUCAGAAGUUUUCGGGAAUUGACCUGGAUCAGGCAUUAUUCCAGCCCUUUCCAUCUGAAAUUGUAUUCCAGAACUAUGCUCCCUGUGAAGUCUAUGAAGUUCCACUGGUUUUGAGGAACAAUGAUAAAAUUCCGAGGAUGGUGAAAAUUGUUGAGGAAAGUUCACCUUACUUUAAAGUAAUCAGCCCCAAAGACAUUGGCCACAAAGUAGCUCCAGGAGUGCCAUCCAUAUUCCGAAUCCUCUUCACACCAGAGGAGAACAAGGAUUAUGCCCAUAUGUUGACCUGUGUUACGGAAAGAGAAAAGUUCAUUGUACCCAUCAAAGCUAGAGGUGCACGAGCCAUCUUGGAUUUUCCUGACGAGCUGAAUUUUUCCACUUGCCCUGUCAAAUACAGUACUCAGAAGAUUCUGCUGGUACGAAACAUUGGCAACAAAGAUGCUGUGUUUCACAUCAAAACUUGUAGGCCUUUCUCUGUAGAGCCACCUGACGGGUCUCUUAACGUGGGGGAGUCCAUGCAACUGGAAGUAGACUUUGAACCACAGAGUGUGGGCAAUCACAGUGAGAGGCUUAUCGUCGAUUAUGACACAGGUGAAACAGUAUUUGUAUCUCUCUACGGAGCUGCUAUAGAUAUGAAUAUAAGGCUGGACAAGAAUUCCUUGAUCAUGGAGAAAACCUACAUGUCUCUGGCCAGUCAACGAACUAUAACCAUUCAUAAUCACAGCAAUAUCAUCGCUCAUUUCCAGUGGAAGGUAUUUGCUAACCAAGAAGAGGAGGACAGAGAAAAACACAGGGUCUGCGAUGAGCUAACCAAAGAGGAAAAGUAUGAAACUGAUGCAUUUCUUGAAGAGUGCAUCAUUGAUCCUUCACUCCGAGAACGUCUUUCCAUUCUCUCCCGCACCUUUGAGAACCAGAGGAGGCUGGUUCAGGAAGACUGCAUGCUCUACCUGAGUAACAUUUUCACUAUGGAGCCUCUGGAAGGUGAUGUGUGGCCCAACACCUCAGCUGAAAUCAUUGUGUACUUCAACCCCCUAGAGGCCAAGACCUACCAACAGACUGUUUUCUGUGACAUUUCAGGCCGAGAGAUCCGUCUGCCCCUCCGAAUCAGAGGGGAAGGAAUGGGACCUAAGAUUCAUUUCAACUUUGAAUUGCUGGACAUUGGGAAAGUUUUCAUUGGAUCUGCCCAUUGUUAUGAGGCAGUACUGUCCAACAAAGGCAGCAUCGAUGCCCUCUUCAAUGUGAUGCCUCCGUCUUCGGCCUUGGGGGCCUGCUUUGGUUUCAAUCCCAAAGAAGGCAUCAUUGAACCAAGUGGAAUCCAAGCUGUCCAGAUCUCCUUCAGUUCUACCAUCCUGGGACACUUUGAAGAAGAGUUCCUGAUCAAUGUCAAUGGGUCACCCGAGCCUGUGAAACUCACCAUUAGAGGCUGUGUCAUCGGACCUACGUUCCAUUUCAAUGUUCCUGCUUUGCACUUUGGUGAUGUUUCUUAUGGAUUUCCUCAUACCUUGAUAUGUUCCCUCAAUAACACAUCUUUGGUCCCUAUGACCUUCAAACUUCGUGUCCCUGGGGAUGGCCUUGGCCCAAAAAGCAUUCCAAGUUAUGAGCAGGAUUCAGACAACAGAAGACUAUCUCGGACCAGUGAAGAAACACCCAUAAUGAAACCAAAAGAAUUCACCAUUGCUCCCACCCACGGCACCAUUCGCUCCCAGGGAUUUGCUCCUAUCAGGGUGACGUUAUGCUCCAACACUGUGAAGAAAUAUGAGCUGGCAUUGGUAGUAGACGUGGAGGGUGUUGGAGAAGAAGUGCUGGCACUCUUAAUUACAGCCAGGUGCAUUGUACCUACCCUCCAGCUGGUCAAUACAGAGGUGAACUUUGGGCGCUGCUUCCUGAAGUACCCCUAUGAGAAAACAGUUCAGCUUGUCAAUCAUGAUGACCUCCCAGGAUGUUAUGAGAUACUGCCUCAUGUGUAUAAGGACCCACCUGCUGUGCUGCUUUCCAGCCCCAACCCCUGUGGGAUCAUCUCCCCUCACAGCACCAUUCACAUACCACUGGCCCUGGAGACCCAGGUCAUUGGAGAACACAAGUCCACGGUUUACAUCUCCGUCUUUGGAAGCCAGGACCCCCCUCUGGUAUGCCACGUAAAGAGCAGGGGAGAAGGCCCAGUUGUCUACAUCCAUCCCACUCAAGUUGAUUUUGGCAAUAUCUAUGUCCUAACAUCCUCCAGGAUUCUCAGCCUAUCCAACCAAUCCUUCAUUCCCGCAUUAUUUCGGGCACGCAUGGCAAGCAAAAAAUCCCUUUGGACGAUAGAACCCCUUGAAGGCAUGGUUCCUGCGGAAGCUGAUAUUCCUCUGACACUGACCGCCAACCUGAAUGACAUAGUGACAUUCAAAGACACAGUGAUUUUGGAGGUUGAAAAUAGCAACACCUAUCGGAUUCCUGUCCAGGCUACAGGAAUUGGUUCUACCAUUGUUUCAGAUAAGCCCUUUGCUCCAGAGCUCAAUUUGGGAUCACAUUUUAGGUAG